AUCAGGAUCAGGAGGAGGAGGAGAGAGGAGACUUUCACUGGGGUGGGGGGGGACCGCCGCCUCCAGCGCACUCCAUCCCGAUAUGAUGAAGUGAGAUGGGAGAAGCUAUGGAGGCCCGGAUGGUGGAUCCAUGGAGUUUGGCUUAAAUUUUCAGCGCUGUUUUUUAACAUUUCCCCCUCCUCGGAUUAGUUUGCAGCUGGUUCUGGUGCUGGUUCUGGUGGUGGUUCUGGUGGGAAGGAGUGCAGAUCGGUUUCGGAUUUGCAAAAAAUGCCGUUCGCCAAACGGAUCGUGGAGCCGCAGCUGCUGUGCAGGCACGCCGUGCCCAACGAUGACGGCUUGCUCUUCGAGGACCUGCGCUCCAUCAGCAACGUGGCGCUCGCGCGCAGCCUCCGCCAGCUCGCCGACCUGGCCAGGCACGCGUGCUCCAUCUUCCAGGAGCUCGAGGACGACGUCGUCGCCACGAGCCAGCGCGUGCGCCUGCUGCAAGGCAAAAUAGGCCAAAUGCAGCAGACAGCAGCGGCGCUCGACCCCAAACUGGAAGCCGUGCCGGUGUCGAAUCUGGACGUUGAGAGUAAGUUAACAUCUCACUAUCAAGCCCCAUGGCACCAGCAGCACAGCGUGUUUCACCCCAGCACACGGCAGCCAUGUCUGGAAGAGUUGCACCGCCAUGCCCAGUUCAGUCUACGGGCACUACACAGAGAGCAGCGCCAGCGUUCAACCAGCAGAGAGCGCAAUCGGGUCACCAUAUCCAUCUCGGUGGCUCCACCCAUGCCCACAUUCCCCUCCCCUCACUCCAUCAGGAGACAGGACCAGAGGAGUCGACACUCACAUAUGGAGAGACCUUCGAGGGAGGUGGAGUCUCAGCCAGCACAGAGAAAGCAUGAGCGUUCUCGUCCCACCUCCCCUACAACGUGUUGCGUGUUCAUCCCCUGGAUGCGAAAGGUUGGAACCAAUACAAAUACAGACGGGGAGUUGGUGGCCCUGGGCCACAGACCGAAGUGUCCCAUUCCCAACGUUCCCACGACACUGGACAAGCAGACCAACUGGUCGAAAGCCCUUCCACUCCCCACACCAGAUGAAAGGGUGAAGAAUGAGUCUCAAGUCAUCUCAUCCUGCAUCAUCCCUAUCAAUGUUACUGGUGCAGGCUUUGACCGAGAAGCCAGUGCUCGCUGCUCGUUGGUUCAUUCCCAGUCUGUGUUGCAGCGGCGAAGGAAACUAAGGAGGCGGAAAACUAUCACAGGCAUUCCCAGACGAGUGCAACAAGACAUGGACUCAGAUGAAUCUCCUGUGGCCAGAGAACGAUCUACGGUAGCCCACGGCAACCAACACAUGUCCCUGUACCAGGAGGAGCUGUCACUUAGUGGCCGGACACUAAACACCAAGGACUCUGGCUGCCAGACCGAUGACUUCUUGAUUGCUGCUCCAUCCCGUAGGCGUAUCCGUGCACAGAGGGGCCAAGGAAUUCCAGCUUCCCUCUCCCACUCCACUGGUAAUAUCACUUCAUUACCAGAUCGUUCGGAUCCAACCUACACCACUGCUUUGGGCACUCGUCUGCGUUCAAGAAGUUUGCCCCGAGAAGGAAGUCGGCUCCGGGACAAUGAGCAAGAUGACAGCGAUGAUGAUGAUGAUGAUGAUGAUGAUGAGGAAGAUGACGAAGAGCUCUCUCCUUAUGAGCCUGAGGACUUCCUUCCAGGUCCAGGACGGAGGAUGCUCAAGGAUGAGGAGGAGAGCACAGAUGACCAAGCCAUGCCAGAGCUCCAGUUGGAAAGUUUAAAGCGGAUACAGCAUGGAGGUAGUCCUGAAAAUGCUUGGAUUGAGAGGGGUAGGUCUCGGCUUCCGCGUAACUCUGACAUGGGAAGCUGUGAGAUCUCCUCCAGCUCAGACACCUUCAGCAGCCCCAUCCACUCUGUCUCGACCACAGGUGUGCUUGGCAGCCAAAUUGACCACAAAGAAGACCAUCAGUCUUCGAGUGGAAACUGGAGCGGAAGCAGCUCAACAUGCCCUUCACAGACCUCAGAAACACUACCACCAGCUGCCUCACCUCCCUUGACUGGUUCUUCACACUGUGAUUCAGAACUGUCUCUCAACACUGGGUCUCAUAUAAUUGACGAUACUACUGGCUUCAUUAUUGACCCCUACCACAUGGACAGGUCACAAGGUCAGGGACACAGGUCUAGUUCAUUCACUUCUUCAGCUACAGAUCAGAUGGAUGAUGCAGGUGUUAGUACUGCUAGUGAUGGGGAGUGGAACUGCAACCAGGACCAGCAGGAUCAACCCUGUCCUCCAGACUUUAGCCCAAAGCGCUCUCGAGAAGAUGAGAGUGGUAUAAGUUGUCCCAGUUAUUCUAGUGGAGAAACUUAUGAAUGCUUUAGUGGGCAAACUUCGGGUGAAACAUUAGAGAGCUCUACACAUUACACUGUUGACACGGAAGGCUUCUACACCUCUGUUCACUUGGACUGUGGUUUUAAAGGUAGCAGAAGCUAUUGCAACUAUGCAGCCAUUGACCCCGACUGUGGCCCAAGUGGGAACAUUGCACCUGGCAUGGGUGAAUACCCUCAACCAGAUUACAAGGGAGUGAGUACACUUGGAAGAGGGUGUCUUUCUUUAAGAAAACCAAAGGCUAAGCCACCCCCACCAAAACGUAGCUCUUCUUUAAAGGAAACGAACAGCAGUGUGGAUGUUCAAGAGCAGAAUGAACCAAAGAUUACUAGUGAGCUGCCCCUGCCUUUGUCUUCCAGGGAGAUGAAGCUGCAGCUGGAGUUGGCUGGUUCUGACAGGCACCUUGACACUGCAGGUCUCUGUGACAAGCAGCUUGGCACCUGGGGUCUAGAGAAUAUCAGAGAAAUGCUAGACUGCUCCUCUCCAUUUAGUUCUUCUGACACACAUUCUUUUAAGGAUGAGGGUGCUGUGCAGUCAGACUAUGCAGACCUUUGGCUCCUUAAUGACUUGAAAUCCAGUGAUCCUUACAGGUCACUGUCCAACUCCAGCACUGCUACGGGUACAACAGUUAUUGAAUGUGUCAAGUCACCAGAGAAUCUGGCAACUCAGGCCUGUUGCCCCAGGUCAAGACCCACCUCACCAACACUUCCACCACAAGAAGGUGACUUCAGACUGGGCUCUCCUGAGAGACUUGCAGCAUUGGCAUCCCCAUCAAGUGGAUAUUCCAGUCAGUCAGAGACACCUACAUCUUCCUUUCCAUCUGCAUUCUUCCCAGCUCCACUUUCCCCAACCAAUGGCAAGAGGAAACCCAAAGUGCCAGAAAGAAAAUCAUCACUCUCCUCUCUUCAACAGCAGCAGCAGCUUGCCCAUCGAGAUGCAAGCUCUUCCUGCAGGAGAGAUAUGGAUUCCCAGGCACCACCUAGUCACCUUGACCUAAGUGCUCUUCACACCAAGCCCUUUGCCCACAGGAACCAGAUACACCUCCUUCAUCAGAACAAACAGAAAGCAGCUGCAGCAGCAGCUGCAUUAGCAGAAGCUCGUGCUGCUGCAAGUGCAGAGGCUUCAAGCUCAAGCCACACGGCAAUCACUGCAACUGUUCUGAGGUCAGUUCAUCUGCGAUCUACUGAUAAACCAGCAGAGGGCAACCAUGGUUCUGAGCACUCUAAUGCUGAUCAAUCAACUCGACCCAAGUGUCCCACAGUAACAGUUGAGACUAUGCCUGCUGACAAUAGGUAUAACAGGAAACCACCAGCCUACAAACCACCUGCUGUGCAGCAGUGUGAAUCUCAGUGCCCACCUCCAGAAGCCAUUGUUAUACAACAUGAGGGGAUUAAAAUCAGGCAGGAAAGGCAUGGCCCGGGAACGUACUGGGCCAUGACAGCAUUCAGAACACCUGUGCAACCAACCAACGGACAAGAAGACUUCUUAACCCCAACAGCCCAGGCUUGUGAGACGCAUGAUGCUCAGCAAGAAGCAGAGUGCAACAGGUGUACAGAUGAGGAACAAGCAUUGUCAGAUGAAAGUGUUAAAUGUGAACACAGUCAAGCACCCAGGCCACAACCUCUGGCAGAACCAUCGUUGAAAUUGAGCAGCACACUGUCUCCUCCUGCUUACAGUGAAAUACGCAGGAGUGACUUUGUACUGUGCAACAGCCCAGAUAAAUUGCCCGCCAGAAGUUUAGAAUCCUCGUCACACACUUACACAAUGGGUGACAUCAAAAGCAAAGAGGAGGCGUAUGAGACAUGUGUCACUACCAGAAGUGCCUCACAUGAUGGACACGAGGACGAGUCAACCCCAGACACAGAAGACUACUUCAGCAAAGACUCAACGCCUAGUGACAAUUCAAAUUCUCCUCUGACUGACGACUCUAAGUUUGAUGAUGAUAGUAUAUUCCCUUCGCCUAAUAAACUACGCACAACUGAAGAUCUGUUUGCCAUGAUACACAGAUCGAAGAGGAAAGUUCUUGGGCGGAAAGACUCAGGGGAGCUCAAUGGGAAGAGUCGUCUGGGUGUCGCUCCUGUCACUGGUCCAGUUAGUCAUCCUGUGACAUGUCCAAUCAUUCCAACUAUCCCAGCUCCUGCAUCCGGUUCUCAGAGAGCACCAGGACCCAUUUACAGGAGUGCCAAAAAAUCCAGCACCUCCAAUGAGGAGUUUAAGUUACUGCUGCUGAAGAAGGGCAGUCGCACCGACUCCAGUUACCGCAUGUCUGCAACAGAAAUCCUCAAGAGCCCCAUCACUCCCAAGUCCCCAGGUGAAAUAGAGGCUUCCAGGCAACCAGAGGAACCCCCUUCACCAAUGCAGGAGUCUCCAGCCAGCACAGAGCCACUCCCCAGUACUUUCCCCAAGGCAAAUAUUGAGGGUUUCUCUACAAAAACCCUUACUAUGUCUGCUGCCUCCAGGCAAGGUCGUUCUAGGGUCCCACCUGCAGCCAGCAGCAGCAGGUACAGUACUCGCAGCCGGCUAUACACUGCCCCCAUGCAGGCAAUCUCUGAAGGAGAAACUGAAAACUCUGAUGGAAGUCCACAUGAUGACCGCUCCUCCUAGUGGUAUCUCUUGUCCCUUCUGGUAUUUUUAUUUUUUUUUAACCAAUGACAAAACAACAAAUCCCUCAGAAUAAAAAUAGAAUAAAAUACAGAACAAUAAAGUGAUAUAUGGGCAUAUUUCUCUCAAUUCUAUUAGAUCUUAAAAUUAAGAAUUAAGUGGAAAAAAGUCUCCUUGUUCACUUUGAACUUUGUAUUCCAUUAAUUGAGUGAACUUUUGUUAAGCUAUUAGAACUUGUGCUACCACAAGUACCACUUGUGGUAGUGGUACUUUUUGUAUAUGGAUGCGUGAUGGAUAUUGAUUCCUAAAAACCAAACCACUAGCCAAUCCUUUCUUUUAUUUUUUUUCCACUCAUAAAAUGUGAAAGGUGUACAUUGUGUGUAGAUGUAGAAAACAUAUCACUUUACUUUCCGGUUCCUUUAUCUUCAGAUUUCGUUCACGGAGUGAUUAGUAUUGGGUAGGGUGCAAAAUUAAAAGGAAAUGUUAGACACGACCCUGCUAAAGUCUCAGUCAGGAAGUAUCGAAGUACUCCAAGCUUCCCCAAGAUCAGUUGGUGUUUUUAAAGUGAAUUUACAUAUAACUAGCACAUGUGGACUGUAGCAUUGUCAACACUUGUUAUUACAGUACCAAAUAACGACCUUCCCAAUGUUGUGAAUCAUAAUUGGGACUUUAGUUAGGCUUACACAGGACAAUCACACUGUGGCCUUUCCUAACAGACGCUCUGUAAAUUCAGGAGGACAGAAUGAGUCUCCAGGAUUAUAGGCAUUUUUCUAUGGCUGAGAACUCUCUGUGCAUAAAGGAAUUGGUUUGCAAAACCUGCAAAUAUUUUGCACUUGUUCGGAGAUUGGCAAAGAUAAUUCCUUUAAACAUCCUGGAUACAAAGGAAUGGUGCAAUGUUCAUGUAUGAUAGAAAUGAGCCCAUGUGUUAGUUCUCACAUGACAUUAAGAGCAUAUAUUUUCAGUUACCGGCGGCCAUGUUGCUUUUAACUAUCGUUCUCUUAACACCAGCUUUGAGCGUAGACUACCAGAAAAGAUUCUGUUAUAUUUUACAUUUUAAAGCACUUACUUGUUAUGUUAAUUGUGUACACAUUUUGUAGGUGUAGAACAUGACGGGGUUUAACGUCUAAGAUGAAUACAAUAGUAAUGAAAUCACGAACUGUAUUCUAUGAAUACCCUUAGCGUUGUGCAAGCUGUUUACUUUGAAUUCAGUUUGCAGUGAUUUUUUUUAUUUAUUUUUUUCUCCAUUCAGCAAGAGAUGUUAGAAAUUAGCGAGAUUUGUCAAGCUUACACUGUGCCGAAAAGCGGAGGAUGGACAAGCUGUGAAUCAGUGCAUUUCAGAUCAUAGUUUUCUGCUGAGUACUGUCACGGUGCUCCCUUUCCCCUUUUUUUGUCUUCUGUACAGCAUGCAAUAAGGGUCUAUAAUUCAUAGGGACAUACUUACCUGAAGGGGGGGAAAAAAUCUUUUUCAAAUCAUUUGCAUUCAUUGAGUAUUUGUAUGUUCAGUAGGUGAUAUGUUUUAUGAGUAUGUUGAUGUUUGAUUUAUUUUUAUUUUUUUGGAUGUAUAGACUCAGCUUUAUAUCCCUUAUGUGGAAGAACUGGACAAUCUGUUAAAGCACUGUUGGUAUAAAAGAAAAAUGUAAUACAAAUCUAGAGAAUUCCGUGGACAGGUUUAGACUAGAUGGGUGUAUCUGGCGGAUAUCUGCGCUGGUUCUGGGGAAAGAUUGUGGAAAAGAAAGGGGAUCAACUUUGAAUGAUCAACUGUUUUGCGUUUAUGUAGCUGCAUCUCUUCGUUGCUGAUUUGCAAUGCUAGGAGAAUGCUUUGCUCAUUAUUUGUAUAUAUGUGGUUGUGUGACUAACAAAUAUAUAUAUAAAAAAAAAAUAAGUCAGCCUUUUUUUCUGGACUGUUCAGUUACCAUGUACUGUAUGUCCUGACAAUACUUUAUGUAUGUCCUGACAAUACUUUGUAUAAAUUUUUUUUAUAUAUGCUAUAACAGUACUCCAGUAACAGCAUUCACUGAAAAAUGUUCCAUAUGCUUUCCAUUAUUUUUUUAGUCUAAUAUCAUCUUUUUUUCUUCUUCUUCUUUUUUUUUUUUUUUUUAAAUCAGAACACUGAAAACAUAUGGACUGUACCUUUUAAUCCGUGUUUGGUCAUAUGCAUACCUAUAGAAAUACGAAAUCUGUAAAAUCCUCUAUUAGAUUGCAACAUUUAAUAGGAAUAAAAUAUCAAAUAUUUUUCAUUAAGGGAUAUUUUAUCCAGAGAAUUAUUUUGUUAAUGAAUAUAGAAAAGAGUAACAAUAAAGCUUUAUUUAACUAAAAAGGUUAUGAUUGAACAUAUUUCAUAUCAGGGGUGUAUUAGCCAAUGGUAAAAUACUGUACUUAUUUAAAACGAAAUAUUUCUAAUUCGCUGUAAACUUGCAUAAUUUACAUAUUUGCUGUAAGAUAUGAAACUUAAUUCAGCUGUUUUUGGUGCUCUAAACUGAUUUUAUACCCAGGUCAUAUUCUGUUACUAAUUCCAUUGCCAUUAAACGUGCCAUUUGUCAUUUUCAUAGCAGCUUUUUAAAAUCCCACCAACUGGCUUAUGUAAGAAGAUACCUUCAACACUAGUGACAUCAUAAAUCUUAAGAUAUUGUAGCAGUGUACAUGUAUUUGCCCAUGUUAUCUUCCUAUUACAAAACUCCGAUUACGGUAGCUGUAUUUUAGGAUUUUAGGAAUCCUAAACAUUGUUCAGGCUUUACAUUGACAUCUGUAUUGGAAAAGGAGAAUGAAAUGCAAAGCCUUUAGAAGUAUUUGUUCCGAAGUUUAGCUUCAUCCGACUGUCAGUACCUCAGCGUCCAAUCACAUGUUCAGAGGAAAUAAUUUCCAAUCAGGUCACAUACUGCUGUUUCAUGUCCUCACUGAAUCUUACUGUAGCUUGUGUUUUCCUUUAAUGAAAUGAUUACACAUAUCACCGGAUAUAUCACACUGCACAAAUGGGGAAGCACAUUAUGCUUUUGCCAAAGGGUUGUACAGGUACGAACGUGAAUAAAGAAGUAAAGAAAGCAGAAACUGGAUGAAUGACCGGGGGUUAAACUGCAAAAGUCUCUGUGCUGGACAGCAUUGUCACUCAAAGUCUCUUCACUUCAGAUCGCAUCUGUUUUUUGUAUUUUUGUAUAAACAUGUACAUACAAUCUUUUUAAAGAAGCAAACAAAAAAUUGUUACACGGUCGUUUGUUUUUUUGUUUUGUUUUUUUUUUUGUAAAAAUGUUUUCAAAGUUUACAUUAAUUACACGCCUUUGUAUACUUUUGAGCUGUGCAACUCUCUGUGUCCUUGUAUUUAUUUUUUAGUAAACAUUGUGACAAUUUCCAUUGUAAAUUUAAACCAUUCCUUGCCAGCCCAACUGGCUUGCUUAGUAACUGUGCAUAGAGAAGGCCAAUAAAUGUG